AAAGCAAGCUGGUGACAUGCUGACAUGGUUCCCGGGUUACUCAGUAACCUUGCCCUCUUUAAAAACCCCACUGUUUCCCCCUGGCAUCCAGAACCGACUGCUUCUCCCUCCUGGGCACUGCUGCCAUGAAUACCUUCCUGCUCUCUGCACUGUGCCUCCUGGGGACCUGGGCAGUCCUGGCAGGGGGAGUCACCGUACAGGAUGGAGAGUUCUCUUUUUCUCUGGAGUCAGUGAAGAAGCUCAAAGACCUUCGGGAGCUCCAGGAGCCCAGCAUUCGGAACCGUAGGAAGAGUGGUGGGCCCGUGGUUCCCAUAGCCUGCAGCCACCAGAAGUUUCCCGGAGAACUCAAGCCUCUCUGCAAGGAGCCCAAUGCCCAGGAGAUCCUCCGGAGGUUGGGGCCGCCAGGAUGGAGUGAGGGAGGAAAGGUCUUCCUUCCAUCUAGAGCUGGCCAGAGGGUCCUGGGGAGCCCAGGAAGCUACCCGAGCGCCUCUGCCCAUGGCCCCUGGGGAUGA